CGGUUCCGUACGCAGGCGGUCCGUGUACGCACGCGCGCAAAUCCUCGAAAAUGUAACAGGUACAGACGAAGUAUGGACUUUGCAGACGGAACGAAUCCAUUGCUCCCUCAGUCGCAAAAUGUCGGGAGGGCCGCGCAGGCGUGCUGGCUGAAUGCAAGCGAUACACAGCCUCUAUUAGCCAGAUAAAAAAAUAUAAUAAAAACAAAAAAGUACACAAAAAAAGUUUCGCUGACAUAACUUUUGUAAAAGGAAUUUCCUUCGAAUUCGUUCAGGAUUCACGAAUCUACGUUCCGUUCCGCUUAUGAUGUGCAAGUUGUUACAAUUACUAAGUGCCAUGUAGAUAUUGACUUUUCGUGUUUUGUUUUGUGAUAAUUUUGAUAAGGGUGAUGCCAAGUGGAUAUGGGUGUGAUAAUGAUAACUGUAUAUGGGAUUGGAUUGCUCAAUUCUGCGAGAUUUGUGAUAACAAAAUAUGGAUGCGGAUUCACGUCGGGUUCUCAAUAAGAAACAAAUAAACAGACGCAAAAACAGAUGGAAGUGCAUACACAUAGGCGUUGUAAAGUUAAAAAUUUAAAAGUACAAAGUUGUACGUGUCACCCGCGCCAUGUUCUAAAUUUAGUGUUGCCAUAUUUUAAAAUGCUGAAUGGCCAGUGAAACUAAAAAAGUUGUGCUAAAAAAACGGUGUAGAAGUGACGUUGUCAUAAUGGACGAUUAAGGACAGCGUCGGUGAUGGGGUGUGGCCAGAGCAAAAUAAACCUUUACCCGAGAAGAAAUAAAAAUGGCGGAAAAGGGAACAGUGCCAAAAAGUCAGGCGCAACGGACAAAGACACAGACGAGGAGGAGGGCACGGCCGGUGGCGCCGCCCCCACCGACGACCCCGAGGAUGACACAGACCAGAACAAACAUAUCCUGCCUCUAUCGGCUCAUCCACCUACCAUUGAAGUGUCUGCCAGUCAGCAGGACUUCUUUAAGAUGUUGGACGAAAAAAUUGAAAAGGGCAAAGAUUACGACUCAUCGAGCGAGACUGAAAUACGUAUAGAACAUGAACGUCGGAAGAUAUUAAUAGAUCAAUGGCGGUCAGCCUCUCAAUCAACACAAUCAUCACAAUCACAGCCCAGUCCUCCUACACCCGCUAGAAGAAGGGUGCCGCGACCAGUGCCACAACCCCCUGAAAGACAAAGCAGUCCUGGUUCAGGUAGAAGAUGUUACAGACAAUCGCAUGUCGCAGAAGGCCUGUCUCCACCGCCACCUAGAAGAUCUCACAGCGCUCAAUCCCACCAUCAACCCGAAUCACGGCAAGUCAAUGGCGACAACUGGCACGAUCCAAACAAGUCUCCAGUCAAGAGACCACAUAGUGCCGGAGCCAAUUGGAAAAACAAUCCCAAAGUAGCCCCUUAUAAUCAAAAACCAAAGAAGAACGAAGCCAAUGAAAGCCAAAGAGCAAACCAAAAAGACGUAGACGUGACCGGUUCUGGUCAAGAUAUUUCCCAAAUCACAUUUAACCCAACAUUCCAAACUCACAGUCCCGCCCACUCGGCGAAGUCACAACAGCAGCCUUAUAUAGCACAAAUUAUAAGUUACCCAAUGUCGCAACAAGUAACACCGCCGUCAACUCCAAAAUAUAUAGCACCACCAGAGGAGUACCAAGACCCACAAAACAACGUCACCGAUAAUAAAUACGUUAACAAUCAGAAACAAACGACGCCUGUUACUCAACCCAACUCACAGUCUCACAUAUACUAUAUCCACGGUAAUGCAACUACCACCCAGGUGAACCAAGAUCUAGCGCAACAAAGGCAGCAGACUGCUAUACACUUACAGCAGUACGUUGCAAUGAAGCAAGCUCAGCAACAGAUGUUUACAUACUUCCAAAGAAGCCCUCAUUCGGUGUAUCCCAAUGUCGAUUAUAGCCAAGUUCCAAACCCCCAUAGAAUUUAUGAAGGUGCUGAAGAAUUUGCGCCUCCUUACAGUCAUCCAGCAGUGAGAGCGCACAGUGCGCCGACACCAGUGGGCGUGGUCCGACCGAUGCCAAUGGCUCCGGGCUUUAAUACCAUGGCAGAUGGUUCGCACUUGAUUCAAAUGCCUAUGUGGUCGCAUAUGCCUCCUGUGGUAUCAACUAUGGGGCCUUGGGUGCCUGGGCAAGUUCCGCCCGAAAUGCAGUACUACCCUCAGUCACAAUUUGUGCCUAUGUACCGUCCGAACUCUGCGGGAUCCGCCGGGACUCUGACAAGGUACCAGAAAAAAGAUAACGAUAACGAGGUUAAGGGUAACGUGUGCCAAAGCAUAAACCUAGUCAGACAGAAGCAGGUUGGUCAAAUAGUUACAAUACCAGGUCAGGAGCUGACGAUUUGCAACAGCACGAGCGACAGCCCCAGUCCAGCUUCUGUCAGCACCGACAGCGGGGUUUCCCCGGGGAAUAGUGUUCCCAGUUCGAAAAAUUCAGUGUUCAGCACACCCACCAGCGGAGCUGACUCGUUCAGCAGCAAUCUAGACACUAAAAAUAAGAAAAACAAAUCGGUUCCAUUCGCCACUAGGUCACUCAAGAAUUCGAAAAGUCUCGACUCUUAGUAAAAAGUUUGUAAUUAUGUAGAUUUUCUAAGUGUACGUGUAGCGUCUAGUGACGGAACUAUGUAUAGUGAAAUUAGAUUCCAAAGUGCUUAUUAUCUUCGUCUUAAUGUGAUUGGAGCGAUAAUUUUUUUUAUUGAUUGGUGUUAAAAGAGCAGUGUAGUACGAAUACAAUACGAAUAAAAUAAUGCUGUCUAUACAUUACAAAUCACUGUAUUAUACCGAAUUUAACGACAGUUGAAAGUGUUGCGAUCUUUUAAUGUUUAAUUUGUCUUGAAAUGUUGUAAAAGUUAUAAAUAAUAUUUUAGUAUCAUUGUAAUAUUUAAUUUAGAAACGGGUAUUUUUUCGUAUAUUUUAUACUCCGGAAGUGGUUUUAAUCAAUUCUAUCUAAAUGAAUGUUUAGAUAAAGACUUAAUAAAUAAAAAAUAAUUGUACUUUCAAGUACUGAAGAUGCAUUUUAAAAUAUCCAAUAAUAAUUAUUAAUUACUGAACUCCUGCUGUUUUAUUUAAAUGAGAAGCUCUGUGAAUUGCCGUAGAUACUUACAUAAUAGGACCGCCAUAGUCGGUUCGGCAGUAUUUAUUGAACAACAAAGCCGACCCGUAGUAAUUACU